GUAAACACAAUUUAGUUUCGUUUUAUUUCUUUGAUUGUGAUUGUGGUAUACAAAUCAAAUACGUAUAUUCGUUGCAAACGCAUACUUGAUGCGCUUGCUGCGAUAUUUUUUCGUUGAAAAUGAAUGUCACGAUUAAAGUGGAAUCGUUGCGGGAAUGUGAAAGCGAUGAAAAUAUAAUUGACGAUAAAUCAUUAGCGAAACAGAUAAUUUUAAAAUCGAUUACAACACCGAAAACCAAGUCAUUUCUGUGUCAUAUUUGUUCGAAACGUUUUGGUCACAAACAUCAUCUACUGUUACACUUGAAAGUGCACAACAAUGAAAAAGAAUUUCAGUGUAAAAUAUGUGCGCGAAAAUUUCGUCAAAAAAGUCAUCUGACGCAACACAAUAAGAUUCAUUCUGGUCGAAAAGAGUUUAAGUGUGAAUUUUGUUCAAAGCUAUUUUUGCAUCGAGGUGAUUUGAAACGCCAUUGGAAAACACAUCGCACACAAUUGCCGUUUCGCUGUUCAUUCUGUGCUGAUCGAUUUUCGGACGGUGUUGCAAAGCAAACGCACGAACAAUCGUGUAAGAGUCGACGUUUUAAGUGUUCGAUAUGUGAUUUUGAGGCGAUAGACACGGAUCUUUUGGAUGCACACAAGAAUAUCCACAUCGGUGAACGACGAUUCAUUUGUGACAAGUGCCCAAAGGCAUUCCGAAUGAAACAUCAUCUCGUUGAACACUCCAAAAUACACAGCCGAAUGAAGCAAUUCAAGUGCACGGUGUGUCAGAAAGCGUUCACAGUGAGGAGUAAUUUGAAUGUACACAUGAAAUAUCAUUCGGGCGAUCGAGCAUUUUCGUGCAGGUAUUGUCAGAAACGAUUCGUUCACCGGGGCGAUCUCAAUCGUCAUUUGAAAAUUCAUGAACAUGAAAAUAGCUCAACGACGGCGACUGAUGAUACGAAAGAGAAGCAUGAGACUGAUGAGCAGGCAAUAAAAUUUUUCGAAGUUAUUGUCAAGAAAGAACCAAGACAUGACAUUGAAUUCGUAAUGAAUGCGGAUAAUUGGAACGAUGCGAGCGAGACAAAUGAGACUGUACACGAAGCGGAACACAAAUAUUUAGUCGAUAGCAAUUGUGACAUAAUAAACUCGAUCCAAAGUGAUCUAAAUGGUGGAAGCAUCGAAAAUGGAGAAAGCAACGAUCAAAAUGUUGAAGAAAAACCAGCAAUUUCGAUAAAAUUUGAACUUAAAUCACCGAAAAGUCACAAUAAAAGCCAUAAACAGCAGAAAAAGCCCGUAGUAGAGGAAAAACAAUCAAACAAAAUUGUUCAAACACCAUCAGAAUCAUUGAAAAUAGCAUGCCAAUCAGCGUCGUUCAUCGAACAAAGUCAAAGCAGAAAAAAUUCGGCGAAGCGUGAUUUCAUCUGUGACAUUUGUUCGAAAAGCUUCAGGAUGAAGCAUCAUCUUGUCAUUCAUUUGAAAACACACACUGGAGAAAAGCCGUACCAGUGUGAAGUGUGUAGCAAAAAUUUCGCUCAAAGUAGUCACCUCAAUCUACAUUUGAAAACGCAUCGAGGAGAAAAAGCCUUUCCGUGCGAAUAUUGUGCCAAACGUUUUCUGCACCGUGGCGAUUUGCAUCGCCAUUUGAAAACCCAUCGAGAAUUACCAUUUUCGUGUGCAUCGUGUUGUCGUCGAUUUUCCGAUAAAACCACACAAGUGUCCCAUGAAAAAGCAUGCAAAAGUAAAUUGCACAAAUGCCCAUCGUGUGACUAUAAGACUGCCAUUCGUAGCCGUAUAAAAACACAUAUGGUAACGCAUACUGGCGAAAAAAAGUUUCGAUGCUAUAUUUGUGCACAAUAUGGACGAGAGUCAAAAUUCGCCUACAAACAAAACCUAGAUAAUCAUCUUCUGAUCCAUUCGGGCGAAAAGUCAUUCAAAUGUGACCUCUGUUCGAAAUCGUUUCGACUGCGAGUCCAUUUGCAACGACACCAACGGACGCAUAAAGAAUAACAUCAAUUUUUCCUGAAACCUAAUGACACUGUAAUAUAAAAUCGCUCAGGUCAACAAUAAAUCACAACAAAAAACCAG